AUGGAGACAUCUGCUAUUAUGGAUUUAUUACUCAAACUUAUUAGCUAUGAGGAGUACCCAGAAGGGGCUGGGGUUAUUGAUUGGUUGAAUUCCGAAGGUCUUAUUGAAGCACUAGUUUCUCAGUUGGAUCCACGUCUCGAUCCUGACAUUCAUUCAACUACAGCACAAGUUCUAAUAGAUAUGAUUACUAUUUCUCAAUCGAGUAAUCCCGAACAAGGUGGCGUUGGGCCAAAUGCAUUAAUACCUGUUAACGGGUUUUAUGGAUUGGAGGAUGUUGAGGGUUAUCAAACAAAUGAGAUCGGAGGAAUAUUUCAAAUGCAAGAAAAAGACAAUAGUCAGACAGUUCAAACAAGUCGUAUUGGAGAAGACUUUCAAAUCCAAGAAAAAGAUUCUAAUCAGACAACUCAAACAAAUGAAAUUGGGGAAGUUCCUAAAAUCCAAGAGAAAGAUUCUAGUCAGACAACUCAAGCAAAUAAGAUAGAGUUGGAUUUUCAAAUCCAAGGAAAAGAAUAUGAGUCAACAACUCAAACAAGUGAUGUUGAGAAUGUUUACAAUGUACAGGAAAAGGAUUAUGAUAGGACAACUCAAUCACAGGAAGUCUUUCAAAGUCAGGAAAAGGACUAUAAUAAGACAACUCAAACCAAUGUGACCGCUGAAGAUUUUAAAGAAAUAUCAGAACUUCAAACAGCAACUACUAUCCAGAAUAUUGAUGAUAUGAAGCAAGUGGAUUCAACUCUACCUGACUCCAAUUUGGAACAAUCAACACCCGUAACAUCCCCAAUAUUUGAACACUUACAAGCCCCACCAGGUUUAGAAACAGUAUCUCAGUUUAAUCAAUAUAACGGAUUAAACUCAUCACAAUUACCU